AUGGGUCACCAGAGCCCGACUCCGGUGCCAUGUAAAUACCACUCACCGGACUCGAGUUCAUCGGACGGCGCUGCCGCAAUCAGCAGAGCGAAGAAGAGCAGCUACCCAGUAGACGACGACGACGACGCCGACGGUGAUCGGGUCGAGUGCUCCGGCAAGUACUGCCUGUCAUGCAGCGCUGGCAUGAUCGCCGAUUGCGUGGUGCUGUGCUGCUGCCCCUGCGCUCUAGUCAAAGUGUUGACUCUAGCCUUCGUGAAAGUGCAGUGGAUGGUUGGGAGGAAGUGCUUGGGGUUAGGCAAGAACAAGAAGAAGGAAAACCAGAGCCAGGGGUAG